AGGGGUCGGGGGGCGCGGCGCCCCACAUAACACUCCCCCGCUUGCGCUCGGAGCCACCCCUCUCCCCUCCCUCCUGCGAACACCGCCGCCUCCCCUGCCACCGCCGCCACCUCGCCCGACGCUCCGCAGCUCGCCGCGGCCGGGGGGCGGUGCGCGGACCGUGCGCGCCGGGGGCGCCAGAUGUGCAGUCCGCGCCGCCGCCAGUGACCGAGCCGCAGCCCGAGCGGGAUCGGGCCGCCUCUCCGAUGCUGCGGGGGCGACCUUGAGUGCGCCCCGGCUUCCUCGGCGGGGACCCCGACACCGCGAACGCUGUGCCCGGUCCAGCCCUCUCCAGCCCGGCUCGCCCAGCUUUCCGACAUGGAGGGGGCCGCUGCUCCCGCGGCCGCGGACGGCCCCGACUUGCGGCCGGGGGCUCCGGGCUCCCCCCCGGAGGUGGUGGCGGGGGCCACUGCAGCCCCCGCGGCGGCGGCGGCGGCCCCGGAGCCCAGGAAACCGCACGGGGUGAAGCGGCAUCACCACAAGCACAACUUGAAGCACCGCUACGAGCUGCAGGAGACCCUGGGCAAAGGCACCUACGGCAAAGUCAAGAGGGCCACCGAGAGGUUUUCCGGCCGAGUGGUUGCUAUAAAAUCCAUUCGUAAGGACAAAAUUAAGGAUGAACAAGACAUGGUUCACAUCAGACGAGAGAUUGAGAUCAUGUCAUCCCUCAACCAUCCUCAUAUCAUCAGUAUUUAUGAAGUGUUUGAGAACAAAGAUAAGAUUGUGAUCAUCAUGGAGUACGCAAGCAAGGGGGAGCUGUACGAUUACAUCAGCGAGCGGAGACGCCUCAGCGAGAGGGAGACCAGACACUUCUUCCGGCAGAUCGUCUCCGCUGUGCACUAUUGUCACAAGAACGGCGUGGUCCACCGGGACUUGAAGCUGGAAAACAUCCUGCUGGAUGACAGCUGCAACAUUAAGAUUGCUGACUUUGGGCUUUCCAACCUGUACCAGAAGGACAAGUUUUUGCAAACCUUUUGCGGGAGCCCACUCUACGCUUCUCCUGAGAUUGUCAAUGGGAGGCCUUACCGGGGGCCUGAGGUGGACAGCUGGGCCCUGGGCGUGUUGCUUUACACUCUCGUUUACGGAACGAUGCCCUUCGAUGGUUUCGAUCACAAAAACCUCAUUCGGCAGAUCAGCAGCGGAGAGUACCGGGAGCCCACGCAGCCAUCAGAUGCCCGAGGCCUUAUUCGGUGGAUGCUGAUGGUGAACCCCGAUCGCCGGGCCACCAUCGAGGACAUCGCCAACCACUGGUGGGUGAACUGGGGCUACAAGAGCAGCGUCUGUGACUGCGAUGCGCUCCCCAACUCCGAGUCGCCGCUCUUGGCUCGCAUCAUCGACUGGCACCACCGUUCCACAGGGCUGCAGGCCGAGGCCGAGGCCAAGAUCAAGGGCCUGGCCAAGCCCGGGGCCUCCGAGGUCAUGCUGGAACGGCAGCGGUCCCUGAAAAAGUCCAAGAAAGAGAACGAUUUUGCCCAGUCUGGCCAGGACUCGGUGCCCGAGAGCCCAUCCAAGCUGAGUUCCAAGAGGCCCAAAGGGAUCCUGAAGAAACGGAGCAACAGCGAACACCGCUCCCAUAGCACCGGCUUCAUAGAGGGUGUCGUGGGCCCUGCCUUACCCUCUGCUUUCAAGAUGGAGCCCGACUUGGGCCGGACCGCUGUGCCCCUCCCAAGCUCCCCCGAGGCGGAGGGGCCGGGCAAGCUCAGCCCCAAGCAGUCGUCCACGAUGCCCAAGAAGGGCAUCUUGAAGAAGACCCAGCAGAGAGAGUCAGGUUACUACUCAUCGCCAGAGCGCAGUGAGUCUUCGGAGCUGUUGGACGGGAACGAUGGGCUGGGCAGUGGCCUGCCUUCCCCCAGUCCCCCGGACCCUGCCAGGGGGACGUCCCAUGGCCUCUCCUGCCGCAGGAAGGGCAUCUUGAAACACAGCAGCAAGUACUCAGCAGGGACCACGGACCCGGCCCUCGUCAGCCCUGAAAUGCCCACACUGGAAUCCUUGCUGGAGCCCGGCGUCCCCGCCGAGGGCCUCUCCCGGAGCUACAGCCGGCCCUCCAGCGUCAUCAGUGACGACAGCGUCCUGUCCAGCGACUCCUUUGACUUGCUCGAUUUGCAGGAGAAUCGCCCUGCCCGCCAGCGUAUCCGUAGCUGCGUCUCUGCUGAGAACUUCCUCCAGAUCCAGGACUUUGAGGGGCUCCAGAACCGGCCCCGACCCCAGUACCUGAAGCGGUACCGGAACCGACUGGGAGACAGCAGCUUCUCCCUCCUCAUGGACAUGGACGAUGUGACUCAGGUCUACAAGAAAGCUCUGGAGAUCUGCAGCAAGCUUAACUAGCUCCCCAGGGUGUGGGGCUGGGUGGUGGGUGGGUUUGGGGGAGCCGUGGGAGCGAUGACUUGUGCUAGUGAGCUGGUUACCUCUUUGCUGGCCGUGACAAUAGACUGAAGAAGGAUCGGUGCCGUCUUGGUUGGCCCAGUUUGCAGCCUUGAGCCAGCACCUGAAAGGGAGAAGUGGGCUGUCUGCCAGUCCUGCCCACUGCCAGUCAGAUUUUAGGUCCUAAUUGGCAUUUACUUUGUGGCACUUCCUAGAGGACCAGCUGUCCAGGCGAGGUGGUAUUGGCCAGCACUAAGAGGGAGGGGGGGAGGAAGCAUAUGGGAGAGGGAACAUACACCUAAAAGUUGUCCAAAUACUCCUGGAGGAAAGGCAAGAGAGACUGGGGCCAUCUGCCUGGGGUGAGCUCAGACCUUGCUUCUUCCCUCCUCACGUGAACAGGCUUGGUCUGACUGCAUGGGGUAGACAAGUAGAUUUCAGCCACCUGAACCUGAAUCGGUGAUUGAUUGGUAGUGGCUGCUGGGUGUGCUGGUGCCAGUACCCUAGGCACAUGGGAAGGAGUGCUGUGAUUGAAUAGCAAAGGCUGCCUUGGGAAUGGGAAGGGGAGCAGUAACAUCCAUGCCAUGUGGUUGCCAUCCCUGACAUGGCUAAGCCCUGAAAGUGUUGGGUUGAGGCAUCCUGUGGGAUCUAUGCUUGUCUUUCAUGCCUCUAGUGGGUCCUUUGUUAAUUUGCUACUCUACCUGGAAUGAAAGACAGGGCCUUGGGCAGGGAGAGAAUGCUCUGAACACCGCUAAGGUUUAAGAGUCAGCCCGUGGUGAUUUUUGGGCUUCUUGCUGUUUCCCACUUCUUUCCCAAUGUCUGCCUUGCUCUUUAGCACAACCUCCCAAGGGUGGUCAGGGAGAAGGAGGAGGAUGUCAGAGAUCAAAACUCUGGUGUGUAACAGAACUUGGGACCCUCUGAGGUCUUUGGGCAGAUGAAUGAAAAUUGGUCCACACCAGCAAGAGGGCAAUUUGUCGAUUUCUUUAACAUCUCAUUAUUAACUGGAAUGCUGCCUCUUGGAUUCUCACCUGCAUGAAUUGGAUGUGACGCUGUCCACAGUCUCCAAAGGAAUAACUGGCUCAACGAUUUACCCUGUUUACUACUAGCAAAUGGUUUUCCCAUCCACCAAGUGUAGCAUCCGCAGAGGCGGGCGAGUUUGCUUCUAGGGAGUUAGUGUGUAGGUGGGAUAUUUGGAUGAGGAAAAGAAAGGUAGGUAUAAGGUGCUCCCCCUGUAUCUAGGGAUUCUGUCAUGGGUUUGAAGUCCUAGACUUUGGGGGAAAAGAAAGUUCCACCCAUUCAAAUAAAUAAGGUGUUGAAAGAGCAGAGUGGGUUGGGGGGAAGCAUAUAGAAGAGGGAACAUGUCCCAAGAAGCCAUCCAGAUGGUUCUGGAGGAGGCAGAAAAGAGGUAUAGCAAGACUCUUAUCAUAAAAAGUAAUAUAACUAGGUAUUUAACAUCUAGACACCCAGAUUACAGGUGAUAAGAUGUCAGUCCCACAAUGGGACAUCUUCAGAUACUGGGUUUGGAAGUAAUGUCUCAUGGGGGAAUUUGAGAUGACUUCAGAUCCUACUGGCUAUGCAAAUGGAAAGGCUUGUUUCAAGAUGGUCAGCCUCUACUAGCCACAAAGGCAUACAAGGAGGACUAGUCUUGAGGGGUAUUUUUGGGAAAACCAACAGAUGUAGUUUAUAGGGAGAAUGCAAAAGAAUUCACCGUAAGGCACUGAGAACAUUCUUUGGAGUAAAACUGCCCUAAGAAGAUGGCUCCAUUUCUCCCCUUGCCACCAGCUCUGGUGGUGUGGCUUGUGCAUGCCUUCAGGUCCACCUGGGUGGUGUGUUAUGGGAAGCUUCUCUGGUGUCUUUCAUUCAAUUAUACCUCCUUCCUGAUCUCCAGUAUAGGUUCAAAGGGAAAAAAAAAAAUCUGUAGAUAGCCAAUUGUGUGUGUGGGAAGUGUGGGUGCAUGGAGGGCAUCCUGCAGCCUCCAAGCUUCCCAUUCCUUGUCUCAUUUGUGUAAUCUGUUCUGGACAGCCUGUAUGGCCACACUGCUGGUCCCGCAUGCAUGGCAGCUGGCCUCGUUGGUUGCUGUCAAUAUGCCUAAGGUUUAACACCUAUCUACUUGGUGAGACAUUUUUUUCCUUUUGCCAAGUGAUUGUGUCCGUUUAGUAUUUUCCAUCCUUCUACAAUGACACUAUUAAGGAAAAUCAUUCUACUUCUCCCCUUUCCCCCGAAACCCCUCCCCCCACAUGCAUGUUCUCUUUUGUCCAUCAACCCAGAUCGUGGAUUGUGACAAAGACCGUCCUCCACUCAGAGGCAAAGGGUCUGAGUUGAGUCCUGGUGUGCUGCUAACUAGCUGGUGGCUUGAGACACCUGCAGUGUUUGGGCGGCUAAGUUUUCCCUUUAAUGAGGACUGGAGGGGUGGGGUAGCCCAUCUCUCAGGCCCCCUGCCUGCUUGUGACAUUCUGCUAACACCUUUUGAUUCUACAUGCUGUGUUGACUCUGUCCUUUCAAGGAAAAACCUGGAAUAGAAAAACCCUGACACGCAGCUCCCUGCUUCCUGAUUAAGUCCUAUCAUCCCUACCGGCCAAUCCCCGAACAAGGAAGUCCUGCAUGAUUCAUUUCCAUGGAAUUACAAGUGAGAGACACUUUUAUGACCUGGUGGACCAAGCGGGAGAUUCCAUGUCAGCUCUCCUGGUCCUUUCCUGGCCUCUUUUGGCCUUGCCAUGUCUUAGUUUACACAUUUGCCAAAGGAGUAGAAUUAUACUUCUUUUUACAGGUAAAUUUUAAGGCAUGAUCAGUUUUCAGGAAGUGCUUCAAGACCCUAGGCGAAAUGAAAAUGCUAAGUGCUCCCUAACUUUCCAUCCCUGUUAUAAGGUGCUGCUUCUUCGGAUGAUGGGGAGCACUUUUCAGGGGGAAAUUCAGGGGAGUGUCGCCCUGGCCUGCUGUCUUGAGUACAAAUGUGAAUGAUCAACUGACUGCUUUUUGCCAAACUGGAAAUGUUCUGUAGGGAUUUACUGGCAUGGUAUCAUUCCUAGAAGAAAAAAAAAAGAGAGAGAGAGAGAGAGAGAGAGAGAGAAACUUGACUGCACAUUUUUUUUUUUUUUAAAAAUCCGUGUUGUGACUUUUAUUUAAUUUCUAUUUUUUUUUGUUUUGGUAAUAAAAAGUUGACUUUUUUUAUUUGAAUUUGUCUUUUUUUAUUUAUUGGUCUGAAAGGCAUUUCAAAGGUAUUAUAAUAAUAUAUUGGUGUAAUUUAAUUGGUGCAACAUGCUUUAUGGCUCCAGUCAAAAUUGGUUUUUGUUCAUUUGAUUGGUUUGAGCCCAGAACAGCCUACAGGGGGAAAAAUGCUGGAUAACAACCCAAAGUGUUUGUAUUUUCAUUGGAAAUUGACUUUUGUUUUUCUUUUUUUUUUGUUUGUUUGUUUCCAUUUUUAUUUUUAAAUUAAAUAAAUUGCAAUGAACUGAA